AUGAAGCUUUCCUCCUUUGCCCUUGCGCUUAUUGUAGCGCUCUCCAGCACAGUCGAUGCCUUUGUACCAGCAGCAUCGAUCACACCUACCAGAAGCAAGACCUCCAGCACUGAGGUGCACUUGUUCGAUAUCUUCAACGAAGGCAAGAAGAAGCUAGUGAAAUCUCUGGCUGGUGACUACGAUGAAGCUGCCAUCAAGGCUCGAGUCGAUGGUCUUAUCGCAGACAAGGUCCUUGAUGGUAUGAACGCCAAGUAUACCGUCGUGGAACUCGACACUGACCCUGAUGGAAAGGCCAUUCGUGCGGAAAUGGCUGAUUUUGUCGGCAGAACAUCAGUCCCAGCCAUUUGGAUCGAAGGAAGGUUUGUUGGCGGCUGCAACGAUGGACCAAUGGGCGGAAUCAUCAAGUUGAACGAGAGUGGAGAACUUACCGGACUCUUGAAGGCUGCUGGUGCAUUGUAA